AUUAUUAAGUCAUAUAUACAACGUAUAUCAUGUCAAAAAUCACAUCUGACAAUACUCAGUUUGAUCACGCGAAUGCUGCCUUUUCUUCAGAAGAAAAAAACAUUUCUUUGCCAGGAGGACCCGAAUCGGGAUAUACAGAUCUUAGGAAGGCGAGCAAGAGUUCCAUAAAGGAAAUGCCCCAGAUGCAUAAAAAGAGAGGACUGAGAAUACAGAACAAACUAUUAAGAGAAUGUAUGGCCGAAUGUUUGGGAACCUUCAUUCUUAUGAUUUUUGGCAACGGUUCCGUUGCGCAAACGGUCCUGAGUAAAGGUGGUGAUGGAAAUUAUUUAACAAUAUACUGGGGAUAUGGAAUAGGUGUUGCAAUGGGAGUUUACGUUGCUGGUGGCGUUUCAGGUGCCCACUUGAAUCCAGCUGUAAGUUUGGCAAUGAGUGUCGUUGGUCGUUUGGAAUGGAAAAAACUGCCAUUGUAUGUGUUAUGGCAAGUUAUUGGGGCGUUUUUGUCAGCACCGGUUGUGUAUGGAAUUUACUACGACGCUCUUGAGGCUUUCGACGGGGGUGAAAGACAGGUUUUUGGACCGAAUGCAACUGCAUCAAUAUUUGCUACUUAUCCGAAAGAAUAUCUUUCUUUGGUCAACGGAGUGUUUGAUCAGAUAUUUGGAACCGCUGUACUUCUGUGCGGUGUAUUUGCCAUAACAGAUAACAGGAACAACAAACCACCGUCAGGAAUGGAACCUUUGCUAGUUGGACUACUUGUUUUUGCAUUAGGCAAUUCAUAUGGUACUAACUGCGGCUAUGCUAUAAACCCCGCUCGUGAUUUUGGACCAAGACUGUUUACAGCUAUGGCUGGUUGGGGAGGCGAUGUUUUUACGGCGCCAAAAGGGCAAAAUUGGAGUUGGUGGUGGGUUCCCAUACUUGGGCCGUUGAUGGGCGGCGUUUUAGGAGCGUUUGUUUAUUUAUUCGUUGUUGGACUUCACUGGCCGCCACCAGAAACGCCAUUGUCCGAAAAAAAAGAAGCCAAUAGUACGGAAAUAGUCACACAUUCACCUCGAAAUCCUAGCGCAGAAUUUUCCAAUCACGAGGAAAGUUCCUUAAUUGUGCAAGCUCAAAAAUUAUAAAUUAUCGUGGUAUUAUUUUACAGUCGUUUGAGGUAUUACAGAAGGUGUGUGAGAAAAUAAUAAUUUCUCAAAUAGGCACAAACCUAACUGGGAUGACACUGAAAAUUGAAAUACUUGAGCUACAAAGUAAUUCAGUAAAAACUGUUAAUAUGCACUUUUCUUGUGGUUGUGUUGUGUUCAUGUAUUUUCAUUAUAUUAUUUUGUAUUAUAUCAUAUACAUUGAUUUAAACCACUCUUUCAUGCUAUGUGUUAUUAUAGUUUUGUCAAGUAUUUCAUUCGCCUACGUUUAGCUUUUUAAAUCAUACCGACCACCCAUUGACGCUGGAAAAAAUGAAUCGUCUUUGGGGGUAGACAAACAGCCUCGUCUUUCGUCAGACAUAAAUAUAAAAAUCCUAUUCGGAAUUAUGCGCAUGUGAAUGAAUACUCACAAUCUUCAAAAACGUCAAAUUUCGCUAAUCGCAUUUUUAAAAUUAUGUAUAAUGCAAUCUAAUAAAAAACGUACCUUUAGGAAGAAUAAAUUACUUCAAUUGAUUCCGAUGUUUAUUGGAAUUCAACAAAGAUUGAAAGUGGGAAUGGAAUGGUUUGAAGUAUCGAGCUUGCCGGAAUGUAAAAGCCAUGUAUAAGAUUAUAUAUGUGUGCUAAGAUAGCCUACAUAUAUUCAGCUUUAUAUGGUUUAGGUAUCCCGCCAGUUGCAAUAACUUUUUGCAUAUAAUUAAAAAAGUGUCCCGCAAAUUUCAAUAAAUCUUAAUUUUUCAUGAGGAACAAAAAGUUCGAACAGCAUAAAAACUAGUAUUUUCAUGACUAUGGACUGAAGAGAAACAAAAAUAGAGACUCACAGCAUCCAGGGUUUGGUUAAGCAUGAAUAAAUCAAUAGUUUAAAAAAUACAUUCCGUAUCUGGAAGUACGCCAAUGUUUUCUGCUGUUACGACGACUUUAUAUAUUAAAAAAUAAUUGAAUCUCCAAUUAGCUUUUUCGACAAAUCACUGAUUUUAAGUGAACAGAGAACUUG